UGAAGGAUACGCACGUUGUUGUUUUGUUUUUUAAUUACACUUUCAAAUUAAGAAGAACGGAUUUAAAUAAUUAAAAUGUUGCAGGACGUGGUAAGGUGGGGAUGCUUCUUAGUAUGCAUGGCGGCGUGCGUCGAAUCCGCUAACAUACUCUUCGUCAUUCCGUUCUCUGCGAAAUCUCACUACAUAUCCCUGAGCCCCAUUGGCCUGGAGCUGGCGAGGAGAGGUCACAAUGUCACCGUCAUCACUGCCAUCGCAGAAAAGAAUCCGCCGCCAAACUACCACCAGGUGAUGGCGGACAGUCCAGAAAUAUGGGAUGUUCUGGGAACCGAGAAACCAAACAUUUUUACGAUGGCCGACAUGACGGCCUCCGAAUUCCAGGACAAGAUCCUCUGGACCGGCGGUCUAGCCAUGACUGAGGUGGCGCUAAAGUCCAAGCCCGUCCAGGAGUUUCUGAAACAAGACAACAAAUUCGAUCUGGUGAUAUCGGAGCAGUUUUACCAGGAGGCUCUCAACGUACUCGCCUACAAGUACAACGCUCCCUUGGCGCUGGUGACGACCAUCGGGAACUGCAUGAGACAUAACCUGCUGGUGGGCAAUCCGCUGCAGCUGGCGACCAUCAUCGGGGAGCAUCUGCAGAUCCGUCAUCCCUCCAGCUUCACGGGCAGGCUGUACAACAUGUACCACGUCGUGCGCGACUAUCUGGAUUGGAAGUACUCUUUUCUGCCGAAACAGGAGGCGCUGGUGAAGAAAUACUUUCCCGAGCUGUCGGAAGCGCCCAGCCUGUACGAUAUACAGAGGAACACUUCGCUUUUGCUGAUCAACUCGCACUUCAGCUACGACACGACGGCAGCCUACUUGCCGAAUAUUGUCGAGAUUGGUGGCAUUCACGUGACAAACCAAUCAUUGUCGGGUAUAUCUCCGGAUCUAAAGAAAAUUUUGGACGAAUCAAAUCAUGGCUUCAUAUACGUAAACUUUGGGUCGAACGUCAAAAGUUCAGAACUACCGAUCGAGAAGAAAAACACUUUCCUCAAAAUAUUCAAGAACUUGAAACAGACGGUGCUGUGGAAAUGGGAAGAUGAUAACUUGGAGAAUAAACCAGAAAACGUCGUUAUUAGGAAGUGGCUGCCACAGAAAGAUAUUUUGGCGCACCCGAACAUAAAGGUGUUCGUAUCGCACGGAGGUCUGAUCGGCACCCACGAGGUCAUAUACUACGGCGUGCCGGUGGUCGGCGUCCCCAUCUACGGCGACCAGUACUACAACAUCGUGCUGCUAGAGGAAGCCGGAGCAGGCAAGCUGCUGAUGUACCACGACAUCAACGAGAAGACGCUAGGAGAUACCCUGAACGAAGUCAUCCACGACGACUCCUAUAGGCGGAACAUGAAGGAGCUGUCCAGACGGUUCAAGGACCGACCGAUGUCGCCAAUAGACACCGCGAUCUGGUGGCUGGAGUAUGUGAUACGGAACCAAGGCGCUGGAUACAUGAAGAACCCCGGCCGGGAGCUAAGUUGGAUCGCGCUGUAUAUGAUAGACGUUUACGUCGUUUUAGCAGUGUCGAUGGUGGGAAUAGUUGUUGCUAUUACCAAAGUAGUAAAGUUGAUGAGAUCACCUAAAUCUGUUAAGAAAAAUAAAAAGCAGAAGGCUACUUAAGUUAGAAUUA